UGGAGAACCCUGUGGACUCCCAGAUGUACAACCAUGUACAGUACGCUGUGGAGAACUUUGUGCAGAACCCUGUGCAGUACGCUGUGUCCGACCCUGUGGACAUCACCAGGCACGAGCACAUGCAUGAACUUAGAAAUAUCCAAGAAUCUAUGGAAGCUCUGCCUGCACCCGAGGCCUUGUCUGCACCCGAGGCCCUGCCUGCACCCGAGACCCUGUCUGCACCUGAGGCCCUGUCUGCACCUGAGGCCCUGUCUGCACCUGAGGCCCUGUCUGCACCCGAGACCCUCUCUGCACCUGAGGCCCUGUCUGCACCUGAGGCCCUGUCUGCACCCGAGGCCCUGCUUGAACACGAGCCACUGCCUGCACCCGAGGCCCUCUCUGCAGCUGAGGCCCUGCCUGAACCCGACGCACUGCCUUCACCCGAGGCCCUGCCUGAGCCCGAAGCCCGCUCUGCACCCGAGGCCCUGCCUGCACCUGAGGCCCUGCCUAUACCAGGGGCCCUGGUUGAACCCGAGGCUCUGCUUGAACCAGAGACCCUGCCUACAGCCGAGGCCCUGCCUGCACCCGAGGCCCUGCUUGAACCCGAGCCACUGCCUUCACCCGAGGCCCUCUCUGCAGCCGAGGCCCUGCCUGAACCCGAGGCACUGCCUUCACCCGAGGCCCUGCCUGAACCAGAGACCCUGCUUGAACCCGAGCAACUGCCUUCACCCGAGGCCCUCUCUGAAGCCGAGGCCCUGCCUUCACCCGAGGCACUGCCUGCACCUGAGGCCCUGCCUGAACCAAAGGCCCUGCUUGAACCAGAGACGCUGCCUACAGCCGAGGCCCUGCCUGCACCCGAGGCCCUGCCUGAACCCGAGGCCCUGCCUGCAGCCGAGGUCUCGUCUGUACCCGAGACCCUGCCUGUACCUGAGGCUCUGCCUCAACCCGAGGCCCUGCCUGCACCCGAGGCCCUGCCUGAACCCGAGGCCCUGCCUGCAGCCGAGGUCCCAUCUGUACCCAAGACCCUGCCUGUACCUGAGACUCUGCCUGUACCUGAGACUCUGCCUGCACCAGUGUCUCCUGAGACACAGAAGGAGAAGGCAGAGGAUGCUCAGGAACAGACGAGGCAGAAACAGCUGAUUAAAAUUCAGGACCCCAACAAUGGUGGCCGAAAAAUCAGCAACCAAGAAGAUGACAGCUCACCAAACAUCACGGGAGUUGAACUAUUCGUUAAAGACGUGGACCCCAGGAUCAGUGAACAGCGCCUCUUUAAUGAGUUCCUCCCGUUCGGAGACAUCAUCAGCUUUAAGCUGAUGAUGGAAAACGGGCGCUCAAAAGGAUAUGGCUAUGUGACAUACUCCAAUGAAGCAGAGGCCAAAACAGCCAUAAGCGAGCUAAACGGGAAGAUCCUGGGAACGAAGGUCCUGUUCAUCGCGCUGUCAAAAUCCAAAGAGGAACUGGCCAGGCUGAAAAAUCGAAGAAACUGGACACGCAAGCCGUGUUACAAGAAAGACACGAAGAGGUUCUGGCCACAGCGUCAUUAAUCUGCUGUACCAAACUGCCAGGAACCCUACAGAGACUCAAUAAAAUUAAAAAUCUUUACAAUAAAUUCAAUUCAAUUCAAUAAAAUGUUCCUAUUGCUA